AUGGCAAAGUGUGAGGAGCUGCGGCAGCUCAAUGACCGCCUGGCCGCCUACAUCGAGCGGGUGCGGACUCUGGAGGCCGACAGGUCGGUGCUGGAACAGCGGCUGGUCGACCUGGAGGAGGCCAGCGCCCGGGAGCUGGGCUGCCUGCGGCUCCGCUACGAGGCGGAGCUGGGCGACGCCCGCCGUACGCUGGACGACAUCGCUAUUGAGCGGGCCGCGCUGCAGGUGGAGCUCAGCAAGAUCGGCGAGGAGCACCGGCAGCUGCACAGCAGGAAUUCAAAAAAAGAAGCUGACCUGAACCUGGCACAAGCUCGUAUGAGAGAUCUUGAUGCUCAGCUGAAUGCAAAGGAAGCUGACCUGGCAACAGUUUUGAAUGAGAAACAGACUUUGGAAAAUGGCGUUCGUGAGUUAAAGGAUCAAGUAGUCACUCUGGAGCUGUCACUGGAAGAUGCCAAAAAGCAUCUCCACAAUGAAAUUUUGAGAAGGGUGGACCUGGAAAAUCAUUUGAAAACUUUGCAGGAAAAAAUUACAUUCCAGAAGUGUCUUCAUGAAGAUGAGCUCAAGGAAAUGAAGAGAGUCCAUGAGAGCAGAGUAGCAGAAGUGGAGUCUGGUCGUCAAAGAGAAUUUGAGAGUAAGCUCUCAGAUGCUCUGCAGGGGCUCAGGAAACAGCAUGAAGAACAAAUUCAAGGAUACAAGGAGGAGCUGCAGCGAACAUUCAGUGCAAAAGUGGAGAAUGCUCAGCUUUCUGCAGCAAGAAAUAGUGACUUUGCCAAUGCUGUUCGAGAGGAGUUAAAGGAAACAAAGCUUAGAAUUGGUAAUCUGACAUCUGAAAUUAAUCAGUAUCGAAGCCAGAAUGCUGCUCUUGAGAACAGAGUGAAGGAGCUACAGGACAUGAUUGAUAAAGAUCGUGAUCUACAUCGAAAACGUAUGGCUGAGAAAGAGAGAGAAAUGGCACAAGCCCAGAAUAAGAUUCAGGAACAGUUGGAAGAAUAUGAGCAUCUCUUAGAUGUGAAACUGGCUCUAGAUCUGGAAAUAAAUGCCUACAGAAAGAUGCUGGAAGGAGAGGAGCAGAGGCUGAACAUAUCACCUAGUGCAUCUUCACAUAGCAUUGCAACUCAAGCAACAAGUGAAGAGCGACGGUUUCUGCAUGGGAGAAAAAGGAAAAUGAAAGCCAGAAAGAGAGAGCAUAGCACUGGAUUUAAGACUGUUCAGCAUGCUUCAUCUUCUGGAAAAGUGUCUAUUGAAGAAAUUGAUGCAGAUGGGAAUUUUGUCAAGCUUAAAAACAAUUCUGAUGAGGAUCAGCCACUACAUGGAUGGGUGCUGAGAAGACAUCUUGAGAGUGUGUCAGAUGUAACAUACAAGUUCCCCUCACAGUUCACUCUUCAGGCAGGCCAAGUAGUUACGGUCUGGGGUGCGGCUGCUGGUGUAAGCCCAGGUCCUAGUGACCUGAUCUGGAAGUCUCAGAAGUCUUGGGGAUCUGGGUAUAACAUCGGUGUUACACUCAUCACAGAUGAAGGUGAGGAACUGGCAGAGAGAAAACUAAUGUAUGUACCCAGAGAAGAAGAAAGUGGUGAGCAAGAUGAGUAUGAAGAACUAAUGGGAAGUGAAACAGAGCUUCCAUCUCAGACCAAAAGAAGAAGAAAAAGAAAUGUUGUUUGGUUUCAUGAUAGUGAUUCCUGUGAGCAUCCUUAAGCAGCAAAAUGAAGAUCCCAGCUGUUCUAUCAUGUAAUAUGAUAGACACGGAGAUGAUCACUUGAAAACACUUCUAAACCUCAAGUGACAUUUUGGACUUAAGUGUGUGGCGGUACCUUCUGCAAUAUCUGAAAAUAACUUGGAAUUUACAUCUCCCAUCUGACCUCUCUGUAAGGAAAAACUGUCCAUGAUAUAAUGCCUUCUGCCUUCUGAUACUGUACCCUGUGCUGGAUUCACUUCUACGAAGAUCAGUAGAAUACAAGCUCUCUAGGAAGUUUCUUUUACUCUGCCACAAGGAUUUGAUUUCCAUGACCUGAAACAAGAGUGUGCACAGUUCACAAAGCUGUUUGAUGCAUGUCCUAGAAUGAUGAUAAAUAAUUGAGACUGAGCAUCGGCUGUCUCAGCUUUCUCAAUAUUCUGGUAUGUUGUUUCUCUAAAGGCAAUUUCUGUUUCAAGCCAGAGUGGGUAACUACCUGUGCCAGAUCAUGUCACAGCUUGGAUGUUGAGCAGUUCUGAACUUAGCUGAAGUAACACAUUAUCCUGAAGAGUGCUGACUAUCUGAAAUGGUUCUUGCUCAUAUCCUGAUGCUGAGAUGUCUAGAUCACUUGCUGAAGAACUUCCUAGAGUAACAAAAUUUUUCAAGUCAAAUCAAGCUGUGAUGUAUUCCUCUUCUUUAUUAAAUGUACUGUUUCUUUAUUCUAGUACAUAGAAAUUAUCAACUGCAGUAUUUGAUGUUUCUAGAUGCAGCAUAGCUUUUAGUUCUGAUUUGCUGGAAUCAUAACACUGACAGAUAUAUAUCCUGCAAAUGUGAAACAUUCCAACAGAAGGUACUGUAACUAGCAAUACUGGCACUCUGCUCCCAGAAAGCCAGCGUUCUAAGUGGAUUGGAAAAAAAUACUGAUUAAAAAUCAAAAUGACAAAGGUGCAUUAAAAACAUUAGCUCUUAGAGUCGCUGUGUACUGGAAGUCUGACAAGGGCAGUCUGCAGUCCUGCUUUGUAUGUCUAGCUGGGAAGUGGGGGCAGAGUACUAUCUGUUGGCCAGUACUUAAUUUAAUAGCUUUGUAGCUAUCUGAAGGCUGACCCCUAGCCCUUAGAAAUCAUGUAGUCAGCCUUCAUAAUCCCUUUUUUCAGCCUGUUUACCAAAAUGCUUACCUGAUGGUUAUAUGGCAAAGUAAGAACCUCAAUGAGCCUUGCAGGUCCUCUUGUCUUUAAGAGCAUUAGCAGCUGAUGUUGCAGAUCAGUCAGUGCUGGCUUUUUUGUCUGCAUCUGUUACCUUACCAAAAUACUAAGUUCUGAGUUUUGAGAUCUGUUCUAUAUUUGGGUGCAGUUAUUAAUAUGAGGUUUUUCUUACACUAGCUUAAUGUUCUUAAAUUAAGCUAUUUAGGUCUUUAAAAAGAUAAAACUAAUUAUGACUUAAUACAUUUUAUCAGUUUUGAACUCCUGUUAUACCUUUUGCCCCAUAGAGAAAUGUUGCUAAAUCUUUCUAUAUUUAUCUUUAUGUUGAACUUUUUAUUGUUAAAGAGACUUUUCAUGAGCAAAUAUUAAAAUCUAAGAUAUUUAUAGGUAAAUUAAAUAAAAGUUGGUUUAUUGAUAUUUUUUGAGUAGCUCGAAUGAUUUGAAGUAAUAAAGCCCUACAGGGAGUUGUAAGAAACCUUUACCCCUAUACUACGCUGUGCUGUUUACAUCUAUCACUCAGUUCCUCAAAUAAAGCUGGACUGUAAUAAAUUUCACUAAAGAGUAGUACUCAGUACUUUACAUGACACUUCUAGCAUAAGGUAAAGAUGGUAUGAAGCAACAACCAUUGUGUGGGUCUUGACAUAAAAUAGCAAGAGUUGGUAUCAGAAACCCUAAUGCUCAUUAGUAUGCAACUGCAGAGUACCCAGUGGGGAGCCAUCAGACUGUGUUGCAAUGCGUGUCAUACAUAGCUAUCAUUUGUUUCCUCCAUAUUUAGAUUUCUUAUUUUACUCCAGUGACAAGGCUAUUCUACUCAAGGCACUUUUUAAGUAAUGUCAUUACCAGCUUUAGAAGAUCAAGCCAUUUUGUUAACUUCUCUUUCUUCUCCCUGGCUACUGCUUAUUUACCAAAGCAAAAUGCAGGUACUGAACUCUGGUUCAUAACAGCUUUACUUCUUGGCUUUGUGCACUCAAGCAAUAGUCCUGUCACUGCUCCAACGCCAAAGCACAAGUAUAACAACUGUACACUGAGUUGUUUAGUAUUUAGCUAAUAAGCUGUGAAUCUUAAAUACUUUAAAAGUUGUUACAAACAUUUUGUACUUGGAGCAUCACAGCUACUUUUGUUUAAACACUAGGUUGGACCAGGUUACUUUCUGUAUUGCUGCUCUAAUGACUACUUGUUACUCAUCCAUGAACUUGGAAAACACCUAAUAAAUCUUUGCUUAUCUGGAGUUAUUGUGCUAGUAAUUAGCCAGGUGUAGCCAAAGCUUUAAAGAAUAGUCCUUUACUUCUCUUGUCACCUCUGUAUCAGCCAAGGUCAGAGAUAGGAGAAACUGGAAAGCCAUGGUUUGGACAGCUGGUUACAAGCUAUUUCUGUUUGUUAUGUGGAAUAGUUACUGCAUCUGUGGUACACAUGAAAUUCUUUCCUCUCUAAGGAAUACAGCUUCUGCUGGACUACAGAACCAAGUAGAGCUUAAAACACUGAAACUGGAUUCAAGUCCUUUUGUCCAUAAAGAGUUCACUUUCCUUCUUAUCAUCUUAUCAUUCCCCUAUCUUGACCAUAGAGUAUUGGACAAGAUUGGAAAAAGAUCAUGUUUGUCUCAGGUUGCUGAAUUUUUCAGUCAUUACUACAUCCACAUUUCCUGAGAAAAGCAGGAAAAGGCUAACAGAAGAAAAUUAACUCUGUAUUCACUUUGACAGUACU